UUAAGGGCCCCCAGCCAGCUCUGUCCCCAUUCCCCCCCCCCCCCAUGACGGGCGUCCCCAGCUGCCACCACCAUGGCGGAGACGGUGCCCUCGGUGGAGGCGUACGAGGCCGCCCUGGUGCUGAGCGGGGUGGGGGACGCCCUGGGGUACCGGGGGUCCCGCUGGGAGUACUGCACCUCGGGGCCCCAGAUCCACGCCGAGCUGGCCCAGCUGGGGGGGCUCGGAGCCAUCGCCCUCGAGCCCCCCGAGUGGCCCGUCAGCGACGACACCGUGCUGCACCUCGCCACGGCCGAGGGGCUGGCCACCGGCCUGGAGGGGGAGCCCCUCCUGCAGGAGCUGGCUCGCCGCUACGUGGCCGCCAUGGGGGACAUGGAGGGGCGCAAACCGGGGCCCACCAGCAUCCUGGGCACCUCGCAGCUGCGGCCCGGGGAGCCCCAGGGGUAUCGCAUCCCCUUCAACCCCACUGGCACCGGCUGCGGGGCCGCCAUGCGCAGCCUGGCCAUCGGCCUCAGGUACCCCCACGCCCGGGAGCUGCCGACGCUGAUCCGGGUGAGCGUGGAGAGCGGGCGCAUGACCCACCACCACCCCACCGGGUACCUGGGGGCGCUGGCCGUGGCCCUUUUCGGGGCGCUGGGGGCGCGGGGGGAGCCCCCCGAGAAGUGGGGGGCCGAGCUGCUGCGGGUCCUGCCCCAGGCGUGGGACUACGUGGAGAGCACCGGGGUGGCCGUCGGGGACAACGCCGCCGCCUGGCCCUUCUUCGGGGACGCCUGGCGCCGCUACCUGGAGUCCCGGGGGCUUCUGGAGGGCUCGGGCCCCCCGCGGCUGCCGGCGCUGCCGUCCCCGGCCGAGCGGGACGCCGAGUACCUGGGCUGGGCGCUGGGGGGGUGGCCGGGGCGCAGCGGCCACGACGCCCCCAUGGUGGCCCUGGAGGCGCUGCUGGCGGCGGGGGGGUGCUGGGCCACCCUGUGUCACCGCGGGGUGCUGCACGGGGGGGACAACGACUCCACCGGCACCAUCGCCGCCGGCUGCUGGGGGCUGCUGGGGGGGCUGGCGGCCGUGCCCCCCGGGCUGCACCGCGGCCUCGAGUACCGCGGGCGCCUGAGCGCCGCCGCCCGACGCCUCCACGAGUUGGCCUGGGGGGGGGCCUGAACCCCCCUGACCCCCCCCCCCCCAAAAAAAAUGGGUCCUCGGUGUCACCCGCUUGUCCCAGCAGGAAAUAUUGGGAGGGGACCUGGGGGGUACUGGGGACCUGCGUGGGGUCCUGGGGGUCUCAGGAGGGUCCUGGGGGGGGAGGGGGAUUUGGAGGGUCUUGGGGGGGCUCUGGAGGGUCUGGGAAGGCUCAGGAGGGUCUCUGGGGGCUGCAGGGACCUUCCUGGGGUCCAGGGGGGGCUGAGGAGGGUCCCCGGGGGGCCACCACAGCCACGUCCCGGUGGCCUUCACUCCCUCCAAGGAUGGAGACCCCCCCCAGAAGCUCCCUGCAAAGCUUUGGUCCCACUCCCCCCAGUAAAAACGUGUCCCCUGCCA